UCCUGGGUCCGGAAGAGGAAGAACUGGUGGCCAUGGAGGUGGGUUCACCCCCUCUCCCAAAAAAAAGCGCUCCUGCUGGGCAGCUGGAUCAAGCCCCCACCAGGAUAGGGACCAAACUGUCUCCUGAGCCGCCCGGGAGCAAACCAGAGCCUCAGGACUCCAAAUCCCAGAACCUUACGACGUGUGAAGUCUGCGGUGCCUGCUUCGAAACCCGCAAAGGCUUAUCCAGCCAUGCCCGUUCUCACCUACGGCAACUCGGCGUAGCCGAAUCGGAGAGCAGCGGGGCUCCCAUCGAUUUGCUUUAUGAACUGAUGAAGCAAAAAGGCAAACCCGACGGCAGCCCCCUGUCUCCCACCCUUGGCAAAAAAUCCGGUUCCCCCAAAGAUGCCACCACCGGUUCCCCUCGACCCACGCUCCUGGCGCUCAGCAAGGCCGGUGAUCGCCCGCUGGAUGGUCCCGUUAAUAAAGCCAUCAAAUCCCCUCCUGGCUUCUCAAAAAACCUCUCGCAACCGGGAUCCCCCAUACUUAAGAAGGUGCCGCCUGCUCUUUCGGGGUCUCCGUCUCCGAAAAACCCCGAGGAGAAGAGCUCCAAGCUCUCGCUGAGCCCUCUGCAGAGCUCCCCGAAAGCACAGUGGCCACAGGCGGAUGAGGAAGGACCCCUCAAUUUAACCUCGGGGUCGGAGCCGGUGCGAGAUAUCCGCUGCGAGUUUUGCGGCGAGUACUUUGAGAACCGUAAAGGUUUGUCGAGCCACGCUCGAUCCCACCUCCGACAAAUGGGGGUGACCGAGUGGUAUGUCAACGGCUCGCCUAUCGACACGCUACGGGAGAUCCUCAAACGAAGAACCCAGCCGCGGAGCAGUGCCUCGAAUCCUGCUGGUCCCGGGCAAAAAGCCAUGGCCAAGACCCUUUUGGGCAGCUUGGGAUCCUUGGAACCGCGCGGUCCCGGAGAGAUUCACAUCCCCACCCUCGCUAAGAAGGUCCAGCAACCCGGCAGCCCCAUGGGGCAAUCUCCUACCUCGUCCCCACCUCCCACCGCCCGGAAGAUGUUUCCAGGCCUUUCUCCUCCCUCCUUGCAGAAGAAGCUCAAACAAGAUCAACUGAGGGUGGAAAUCAAGCGGGAGAUGAUGUCGGGAGGACUCCACGGAGAACCUCACCCAUCUGACCGAGCCUGGUCACCGCGGGAGGAGAUGUCUCCCUUGAACCUCUCCUCCCGAGCCGACCCGGUGCGAGAUAUCCGCUGCGAGUUUUGUGGCGAAUAUUUCGAAAACCGCAAAGGUUUGUCGAGCCACGCUCGAUCCCACCUCCGACAAAUGGGGGUGACUGAGUGGUCGGUCAACGGUUCGCCCAUCGACACUCUACGAGAGAUCCUCAAAAAGAAAUCCAAACCCUGCAUUAUCAAGAAAGAACCUCACACCUCCAGUAUCGAACCCCCUAAAACUAUCGGGGAGGAAGGGACGGACCCCAAGUCCCCCGGAAAAAUCCUGCAGGGCAUGGCCCUGCCUCCCCUGGGCGGGCGGACGGGGAAACCGAGCCCCGGCAGUUCCACCUUGAGCCGGGAGAUCUCAUUGUCACCUCUCACCAGCAAACCCCAGGGCGGUUUCCUGACGCCGUUAUCUGCCAAACGGCCGUUGCAGGACGAUCGGUUGGGUCCUCACGCCGAAGUCAAGCACAAAGCGUACAUCCAGACCGAGCUGCCCUUCAAAACCAAGUCCGUGCACGACAAACCUGCUCACACGUCCAGCGAAGCCUGCUGCGAGCUCUGCGGCCUCUACUUCGAAAACCGCAAAGCUUUGGCCAGCCACGCGCGGGCGCACCUCCGGCAAUUCGGUGUCACCGAAUGGUGUGUUAACGGUUCGCCUAUCGAGACCCUCAGUGAAUGGAUCCGACAUCGACCCCAAAAAGCCGGCGCUUACCGUAGCUACAUCCAAGGUGGUCGCCCCUUCACUAAGAAAUUCCGGAACUCUUCCCACGCCCGGGAUCAUGACGGUGGCAGCGGCGCUCGACGAAUGCCGCUCAGCCUUCAAACCGGUGGCGUGACUCUUCUGAGCAAAGGAUUGCCGGGAGAUUUGGCUCACAGCGAUGCCGGAAAAAUCCUGGAUGGGGGAAGCAGCGGUGAGCGGCCCAUGAUCACUUCCCCCCUCUCGUUGGUGAAGGUGGAGGAACAUCAGCGCUCGAACAUCAACAGUGAGUUGGGGAGAAGCCAGCCCGGAGAGGGCAGGGGGGGUCUCCAGCACCGGCCGAGCGCUGGGAAAAACCGUGCAUGCUCCCGGCAGUGCCGGGGGGGCGGAUUCUUUAGCUGA